CUAUUUUGUGGAUGACAGUUCGCCGCAUUCAGAGUGGAAAUUUAAAGAUAUCAACGGUUGGAUUUCAUGGAAAGAGUUGGAAUAGUUUUGGUCUGAUGAAAAAUGAGUCAACCAAUCACUGAGCGUCAAAACCCCCUGACCUCGAACAUUGAUAUAGCCAGUCCUCAAGAUUUUGUCCACCUUCUUGAGAACUGUGAUAUGCAGAUGUUUGGAGGAUAUGAAAAUGCUGAGGGAUUACAGAGCCAGCAAAUCUUAUCCACAGUGGAAGAGAUAUCCAGUGUAGCGGCAUCUAUACUACAGGGUGGGGAUAAUGGCCUUAUCGUGUUCAGUGGUUGUGGCACAUCUGGCAGGAUAGGCUUUAUGACAUCAAGAACAUUUGGAAGACAGCUUGAAAACAGUGGAAGGUCGAAUUGUUACCAGUACAUCAUUGCUGGAGGUGACAAGGCGCUGCUGACCUCACAGGAACUGUAUGAGGAUGACCCGACUCAUGGAGCUCAUAUGCUGACACAGGUGUGUGCAGGUAAGAAGCAAGUGCUGUAUAUCGGAAUCACCUGUGGAUUGUCUGCCCCUUUUGUUGCCGGGCAACUGGAGCACUGUUUACAACACCUGGAUACCUUCACACCUGUGCUGCUUGGCUUUAAUCACAUCCAUCAGGCCAGGAAUAAAUCUAUUGAGAAAUGGGAUAAAACUUUCUUGCAAGUUGCCAAAGGAUUGUCAGAUGCCAGCCAUGAGGGUAAAGCCUUUAUUCUCAACCCCAUCAUUGGACCUGAACCCAUCACAGGUUCCAGUCGUAUGAAGGGAGGAUCUGCCACAAAGAUCUUACUAGAUGUCAUUUGUACCUGUGCUCAUCUGAAGGCAUUCCAUCCACAAGAGGUCUGCAGUGUGUCUGACCUCAUCUGCCAAUACAAGACUGUGAUUGGAUGUGUGUACAAGAAAGGUCACGACCUCAGUCAGCUGGUGCGAGCUGGAGGUCAGAGCCUCCAGAGCGGUGGCCAUAUAUACUACCUGGGGGAAGAUACCUGUGGAAUUCUGGGACUGGUGGAUGCUUCUGAAUGUCGACCCACUUUUGGGGCAGCCUUGGACGAUGUUCGGGGUUUUGUGGAUGGAGGUUUUGUUACCCUUGGCAACAACGAUGGAGACCUUUCCCAACUGGGUGAAGAAUAUCAUAUUUCGACAACUGACUUCCAGAGAGAGAUAUUUUCAUCACUUACAGACAGAGAUCUUGUCAUCUACUGCAAUCCAGAUAUGAAGGCUUCAGUCCCCUCCAGCUGUGCCAAGACGGCCAUUGUCAGAAUUGUUGGCGAAGCAGAUCGUCCUUGCUCGAUGUCUGAAGGAGCUGACAUUUCUGUCAAUAUCUGUGUCCCUUCAUCUUUCUGUCCAUCUGUUCGGGAGCUUGCUGUAAAAUUGGUUUACAAUGCUGUGUCAACGGGAGCUCAUAUUAUCAGUGGGAAAGUCUUCAACAAUCUGAUGGUGGAUGUGAGAAUCAGCAACAACAAACUGUAUCACCGUGGGAUUAGCAUUAUACAGACGUUUGGGAAGUGUUCCACAGCCAAAGCUGAAGAGUUUCUGUUAAGAAGCAUAUACAACUGUGACCUCUUGACCUCUGAUCAGAAGUCUGCCAGCAUCAUGGCUCACAUUCAACAUGCCUGUCCACAACCCAAGAUCAUCCCUGUGGCUCUGAUUCAGGCCUUUACUGACUGUGGUGUGCAAGAAGCUAAAGAGAGACUAGCCAGCUCACCUGUCAUCAGAACUGCUAUUCUGCAGGUCAUGACUGACCACCGGUCAACUGAAAACUCCUAGAACAUCUGUCAAUGAUGACCCUGACUAGAUCUAUGGUGCAUCACAGCCUGUGACUACUCUAUGACAGCCUGGCCUCAGGGUCAUUUCAAUCAUUAAAUUUGGUAUGUUCCUUUCUAUCAUUUUGGUUGAACUUUGUUGCACAAUAACUUACCCAGAAUUCAUGUUAUGAAACAAUAUUUCGACCUUGUCAAAUGAGCAAUAAGAGUUUUAAACUUUUGACUCAAGUCUAAGAUUGCU